UUGUGAAGCUGUGGCUGAGUGUUAGCAGGCUAACUAGAGAAAGAAAGCUAACUAAUCGUGAGAGUGGAAGUGGAGCUAACCCUAAAGGAAAAGACAACUGUCCAAACAGCUAGGGGGACUGAAAUUUAACUGGACUGGUUAUUCUUUUAGGUGACUACAUGAACAGAUUUAGACCGUGUUUGUCAGAUGCCCGAGGAGCAUUUUGGAUACUACAUCGAUUGUCCCAUUUCCAAACGGAAACCAUUUCUGGACAGACAGUUCGUGCUAGCUAGCCUAGCUAAGUGAAUAAUCCAGGAGACUUUUCAUUGUCACCUAAAAAAACAACAAACUGAAUGUUUUGUCUGUCAUGAGUCCGGCCGGGUGCUCCCAUGUGAACGGUUAUAAGGUGGAUAAUUGGAAACAAAACCUCCGAGUCAUAUACCAAUGCUUUGUUUGGAGUGGUACUGCUGAGACCAGGAGACGCAAGGUGCUUCAGAGUGAUGCAGCAUGGACAGAGCUGGCCAAGUCGUGUAUCUGUCACAUGUGUGGCGCCCACCUCAACCGGCUCCACUCUUGUCUCUACUGCGUCUUUUUCGGCUGUUUUACGAAGAAACACAUUCACGAGCACGCGAAAAACAAGAGACACAAUCUAGCAAUAGACUUAUUAUACGGCGGAAUAUAUUGUUUUGUGUGUCAAGACUACAUAUACGACAAAGACAUGGAGCAGAUUGCCAAAGAGGAGCAGAGGAAGGCCUGGAAAUUACAAGGCAUCGGGGAGAAAUACACAACAUGGGAGCCGACCAAGAGGGAGCUGGAGCUAUUACGACACAAUCCAAAGCGAAGGAAAAUCACUACAAACUGUACCAUCGGUUUACGAGGGUUAAUAAACCUGGGCAACACGUGUUUCAUGAACUGUAUCGUUCAGGCGCUCACACACACGCCACUGCUGCGGGACUUCUUCCUUUCGGACAGACACAAGUGCGAGAUGCAAUCAAACUCCUGUCUGGUGUGUGAGAUGUCGCAGCUCUUUCAGGAGUUCUACUCGGGUCACCGUUCGCCUCACAUUCCCUUCCGGCUGCUGCACCUGGUGUGGACUCACGCACGUCACCUCGCAGGCUACGAGCAGCAGGACGCCCAUGAGUUCCUCAUUGCGGCGCUGGAUGUGCUACACAGGCACUGCAAAGGAGACACUAUCAGAGACGACAACGGGAAGAAGGCCAACAAUCCAAAUCACUGUAACUGCAUCAUCGACCAAAUCUUCACCGGGGGCCUCCAAUCAGACGUUACCUGUCAAGUUUGCCACGGGGUUUCCACAACAAUAGAUCCUUUCUGGGACAUCAGUCUGGACCUGCCCGGCUCGUCCACGCCUUUCUGGCCCCUCAGUCCCGGAGGAGACGGCAGCACAGUGAACGGAGAGAGCCACCUGUCAGGAUCCACCACGCUCACAGACUGCCUGCGCAGAUUCACGCGACCUGAGCAUCUAGGAAGCAGUGCCAAAAUCAAGUGUGGCGGUUGCCAUAGUUACCAGGAGUCCACCAAACAGCUGACAAUGAAGAAGCUCCCCAUCGUAGCAUGUUUCCAUCUCAAACGGUUUGAGCACUCUGCGAAGCUGCGGCGGAAGAUCACUACGUACGUUUCCUUCCCUCUAGAGUUGGACAUGACGCCCUUCAUGGCAUCCAGUAAAGAGAGCAGAAUGAACGGCCAGUACCAACAGUCGGUCGACGUAUUAAACAACGACAAUAAGUAUUCCUUGUUUGCGGUGGUCAACCAUCAAGGCACAUUAGAAAGUGGCCACUACACCAGCUUCAUCCGCCAGCACAAAGACCAGUGGUUCAAAUGUGACGACGCCAUUAUUACCAAGGCCAGCAUUAAGGAUGUACUCGACAGUGAAGGGUAUCUCUUAUUCUACCAUAAACAGUUCCUCGAGUACGAGUAGUGUCUCUGCGACCGCUGACCACGAAGAACCACUGCUUGUAAUGAGAGAGUCAGAGGGACUGGGGCAGGACGAAACGCAAACACACAAACCUACCUGAAACUUUUUGAUUACCAGUCUGCUUUUCUGGCUCUGGAGAGAGAGAGAGAGAGAGAGAGAGAGAGAGAGAGAGAGGGGAAAAAAACAAACAGAACAGAAAGACGUGUAUAAUCAUGCAACCUUUCAAAAGAGAAAAAAAAAACCCAACAACCAUGCACUGAGCUACUUCUUGGCAUCUACUUGAUAAAACUGAAUGAAGAGGAGAGGAGGAGGAAGAGUCGGGCUCGGGCGACCCUCGCUCUCUCUCUCUCCGUCCCCCCUCUCCCUGCUGCUGGGGCAGAGUCUGAGCGUGACUGACGCGCCGAUCGGGCACAUCUGGAUUUCUCCGACAGUAUUCUGACCACCCCUCCCCGACAAACACAACCCAUUUCUCUCCCAUGGUGCUCUCAUUUCAACUGACCAAGCAUUUAACUUAGUCACGAUGGAGGACAGUACGUUGUCAUAUGCAUAUAGGACUGAAAGCAAAAAA